ACAACAACAACAACAACAAUAAUCAUUUACUUAAACGCAUUUCAAGAACAUUGCUAAAACACAACAAAAGUCUUAUAAUAUCAACUAAAAAAUGUACACGUUUGUAAAAGUCACCAAAUUAAUUACCAUCAUGUUCUUUCUAGCCAUUGCAGUCCUCGUAACCGCCUCAAGCACAGCCGAGUUGGAUGUACUUGAGAUGGCUCGAACUGCAGUGGUCGAAGCCAGGACUCGUUUUGCGUCAAUGGCUGUGGUGGAGAGUGAGGUUGCUACUAGUGGUCAUUAUUAUUUGGGGUUAAGUGAAUGCGAAAAGCUCUACGAUGAGAGUGAAGCUAGGCUAUCGAAACUGGUCGAGGCUCAUGAAAAUUUUACCGUUGAAGAUAUUAGAACGUGGCUAAGCGGCGUGCUUGCUAACCAUAACACUUGUUUAGACGGUUUGGUUCAGGAACGUCAAGGUCACGAUAUGCCUCUGGUCCAUAGAAACGUCACGUUCGUGCUCCAUGAAGCUUUAGCUUUCUACAAAAAGUCUAGAGGUCAUAUGAAAAAGAGUAAGAACAUACGGGACAUGACGUUCGAGAACACAGCAGGACCGCACAAACAUCAAGCUGUGGCGUUGAGAGUGAACUCAGAUUUGUCUUUAUUCUAUCGGUGUAGUUUCAAAGGAUAUCAAGAUACUCUUUUCACACAUUCGCUUCGUCAAUUCUACCGCGAUUGUCAUAUUUAUGGUACCAUUGAUUUCAUAUUUGGAGAUGCGGCUGCUGUUUUUCAGAACUGUGAUAUAUUUGUGAGACGGCCUAUGGAUCAUCAAGGCAAUAUGAUCACAGCUCAAGGAAGAGACGACCCACAUGCAACUACAGGUAUUUCGAUCCAACACUCGCGGGUCAGGGCCGCACCAGAAUUCGAGGCGGUUAAAGGCCGGUUUAAGAACUAUUUGGGCCGGCCUUGGAAGAAGUACUCUCGGACAGUGUUUCUCAAAACGGAUCUUGACGGGUUGAUCGACCCGAGAGGGUGGAGAGAAUGGAGCGGCAGUUAUGCUCUGUCAACGUUGUACUACGGCGAGUUUAUGAACACAGGAGCUGGAGCGGAGACAACCAGAAGGGUGAACUGGCCGGGAUUUCACGUCCUUCGCGGCGAGGAAGAGGCUUCUCCGUUCACCGUCAGCCGAUUUAUUCAAGGAGAUUCUUGGAUCCCUAUCACCGGUGUGCCGUUUUCAGCCGGGGUUUGAGUCACUCUUGAAUGAACAACCAUCAACAUAAUAAUCAAAGCCAACUAUAUAUUUAUGUUUUCAAAAUAUUGUUCUUCGAAAUGUUAAUUGGCCGUGACUUGACUUGUUUUCAUAUUAAGAUAUUAUAUAUUUGUAUA